AGCUGUCCUGAGACCAGAGGCUCGUGAUGAGGGCAAACAGGAGGGUGACUUAAAGGAAGAAGUUGAAAGAAGGGAGCAGAAGCUGAGGAAAUAGCAAAUGACCAUGGACGCUCCCGGGCUUUCUUCCAGAGGGUUGCUGACCUGCCUCCUGCCUCCCCUGCUGCUCUUCUGUAGCUGCUCAGGUGCCAAAGGCCAAGAUUUGGAAGUUCUGCAGCCCCCAGGACCCUUGUCUGUGUCAGCAGGAGAGACCCUCACUCUGACGUGUACAGUAAACGGAUCUGGUCCACCAGGAGGCGUGAAAUGGCACAAGGGGUUGGACAGAAGGCAGCCUCCCAUUUACAGUGAAAGAGGACAAUUUUCCUCCCACGUGACCAGGGUUGUUCCUGGGUCACAAACAGACUUCACCAUCCUCAUCAGGAACAUCCGACCUGAGGAUGCCGGAACCUAUUACUGUGUGAAGUACAGGGCAGGAGCCCAAGACAUAGAAUUUAAAUCAGGAGGGGGCACUGAGGUUUCUGUGAUUGCUACGCCAUCCCAGCCAUCUAUCAAGGGUCCCACGAGCAGAGUCUUAUCUGGGACCUCGGCGACUUUCAACUGCACCUCGGAUGGGUUCUCCCCCCGAGUCAUCAAAGUCACUUGGCUGAAAGACAACACCCGGAUCACGUCCCCACAGCCCACCAUCCUGCCAAAAGGAGACAGCAUCUCCUACCAAAUGCUGAGCACCGUGCAGGUGCCACUUGCAAGAGACGAUGUGAAGGCCCAGCUCAUCUGCCAGAUUGAACACGAGACCUUGCCGAGUCCCCUGCGGAAGGUUUUCCAACUUGGAGAUAUCCUACGAGUUCCACCCAGAGUGAAGCUGGAAGCCAACCCAGCCAACCCCGUCCUGCUGAACGAAUCGGUGACCUUCAGCUGCAGCGCAGAAGGAUUUUACCCAGAAGACACAACCUUGGCCUUGACUCUGAACAGCAGCCUAAGUGAAACAGGAACGGCUGAGCCCAUGGCCCAGAAUGCGGAUGGGACAUUCACCCUCAGGAGCUCCCUGAAGCUGAAUGCCACGGAAGACAGGAACCAGUCUGCAUUUACUUGCCUGGUUAUGCAAAACUCUCAGCCUGUAGCGACUGAAACGUCAGUGCUGAACAUCAGGGUGCCGAAUGAAGGAAGUGAAAGCGUCAGUAUGGAGCCAGAUGAGAAGAAAAUCUUCAUCAUCAGUGCCGUGGUUUGCGCCCUCCUGGUGGUCUUGGUGGUGACUAUCAUCUACUUCAUCCAAGCAAGGCAUAACAAGGAUAAAGAGCCCACAUCUGUGAGGCUGCAUGAAUCUGAGAAGGCUUCUGGGGGAGCAAAUCAGGAGCCUGAUCCCAACAAUGUCACCUAUGCAGACUUGAACUUCGAAAAGGCGCCCAAGAAAAGCCCGCAGCAGGCGGUCGAGAUCAGCCAGCAGUCUGAAUAUGCCAGCAUCCAGACUGUCCCGCCAGCGCCCAACGACGAGAACGUUACCUAUGCAGAUUUGGACAUGGUCCACCUAAGCAAAGCCCCCAAGAGACCCGCCCCGCAGCCAGAGGAAGCCAGCUCAGAAUAUGCCAGCGUACAGGUGCGGGGAAAGUGAUCUCUGGCUGCCGCCGUCGGCUCUCUGCUUGCCGGCCCUCUUGCGGGGUUGUUGGAGACCCCCCUUGCUGGGCUUGGAUCCUUGGCCUUGUCUCCAGACUGGGUCUCAACUGAAGAGCAGUGGGAUCUGCCUGCCAAGGAGCAGUUCCUGCAGUUUCUUUGAGUGGAACUCAAUGUACGUAGCCAAGGUUGAGGAGGAAACUAAUCGGUGCUACACACACAAUUGCAUCCUGGUACUUGGGCUAGUUCAUGGCGCCUCUUCAUCUCCUGGUUCUCAGGUGGACGAGAGGUGCCUAGACCAACUAAGGAUCUAACACAGCUUUUAUCACGGGGACCAUAACUCUCUUCUUUCGAUUCAUCCAAACACGUCACACGGAGCAAGUGGCGAGUUGUCACCCUUUGAGGCAGGCGGGCCUCUCUCUUCAGCUUUGGCCAGCUGAAGGCCUUCUCUCCACUUCCUUCUAGGACAACCAAAUCCUCCCAGAUGCCACCUUGAGAAGCUUUUCUUUCCCCCACGGAGGCUGAACAAAACCAAGUUGGCAGCCCCAGCUAGCUCUGUGGGGUGGGAUUAAGCAAGUGGACACUACCCACCUCAAGACUUGGUGGUCCUUAGGAGAAGGAAACACCCACUUCCCCAGGUCCCUCUGGGAAGAGGAGGAGGGGGAAGCCUGCUUUUUGGCUCAUGAUGGCAUCUGAUUCACUUUGUAUCUCUCUAGUCCACAGAUGUAUUUUCCUCCCUCUCCCCCUGACAGUACGUCUCGGGACAGUGCCUCUUGGAGAUACAGCAGCUUGUUCUGGGCUAGCAUUUGCCAACCUGGUGUCCGCAUGAUGUUUCGGACUAUGACUCCCAUCACCUGUUGAGCUUGGUGGAGGUUGCCGUCCAAACACAUCUGGUGGCAGCAGGCUGGUGAAGGCUUCUUCCAGGCCAACCUAUCCAUCUCGCCUAACCCCAGGGGCCGAUCUCUGGCAAAGCCAAAUCUGUAGAAUGCAUUUUAGGUGUUUCAAUCUGCUCCUCAUUUUUAUUUUUAUUUUAAUCCGCCUUUUUUAUUUCAUCCCUAUGUGUGUCUAGAAUUGGGGAGGGGUGACCUGGGAUGUGUCUUGCAGCCCCUGUGAUAGGCCUUAGGAAAUACGGAGCCACAUUGAAGAACCUUGUCAGCUACCGUCUCUGCCAUUUUCUGCUUGGUUCCUUGGCUGACCUCUCCCAGAUUUGGCUAAGUAGGGGCAGUAACCUUCACAACAGAACUAAGGCCUGCAAGAGGUGUGUGAGUGUGUGUGUGUGUGUGUGUGUGUGUGUGUGUGUUUGCUUCUGAAAGCUGAUUCUUGCCACCGCCACCACUUUUGGGGUGUAGGAUGUCUUGCAUGGUCGGAGAAGAGAGAUCUUCCAAGCCAGCCAUUCUCCAUCAUAGAAGAUCUCCAUCCGCUCGUAUCUUUCCUGCAAAGCCACUCUCUAAUACUACACACUCACACAAACACACUCACAAGCCCAAGUUGCUGCUUUGCUUGGGCUCCACCGUGGCUCGUUUUUCUUGCGGCCAUUUUGGUUUCGUUAUAAUUGUUGUUUUGCACAGUGCACAAAUGUGCAGUAGUCCAAGAAAACAUUGUGGGGCCCCAGCCCAGGACCACAGGGGAACAGCAGUGAAUGAUUCUGGGGCAAUGACUGUUGACAGAGGAGAGGAAAGGUGGUUUGGGGUGGGUGGUGGAAGAGUGGCUUAGCUGGGCAAGGCUGAUGCCCCUGUGGGGCACCUUACUGGGAGCGGGUGGGGCUAAACCUCUCACGAGGCACUAAAACAGGCAGCUCAUUGCAAGUUUAGAGUUUAUACCUUUGGGCAGCCCAGAUUGCUCCCCUCUCCACAUGACCUCACCACCCGCCAUACCAAGAGAAUCUCUUCUUGCCUUUCGGUAUUUCCUUCUUGGCCGACUCCUUGCCGUUGUCCUCCCUCCCUCUGGUGGCCUUGCUCACUGUUCUCUCCGAAAGAGCCUUUGGGGCAGUGUUGGGAGAGCACUUGGUACAAGGAAUAGCACCUCUCUGCCCCCCCCAUGGGAAGUAGGGCUGCCCCCACCCCACCCUGCCCGAAACACCGUCGUACCACCUGUGUUGACUGUUCAGCAUUAUAACUGUUUACUCCUUUUAGAACUAAAAGAAAAAGAGGAAAAAAUACCAGUAUUUGUGUGUGUUCUUUGUAAGUGGGUGUAGUACUGUGUACUUAGCACUAGUGUGAAAAGCACAAAAGCAAAGUUUAAAAAGGGAUAAAGUGUUGGGGAAGAGAGGGGGGCGUCUCUUAAAACUUGUCCUCUCUCCCCCAUGGUGACUUGACCCACCAUAACCUACCC